UUUUAACAGAAAACUUUUCUGUUAAAAGCAUUUGCGGAAAAUCAUGCCAGUCUAGACGUAGCCUCUGUGCCUUUCUGUGAAAAUACUACCAUCCCUUCACACUCAGCCAGGCACUCGGUGUAACUUGCCAGAUAUUUUAUACCACCACCUAGCAUAUUUCAUCUGAAAAGCACAAAGCACUCCAGGACGUAAAAUAAAUCAGACUCUCACUGCCACCACAUGUAACGGAUGGUUUGGGUGUUUGAAUUGGAUCUGCUGAAACAGGGACACGUAACAGGACUUACAGAUAAUGAAAUAGUUGCCAGUUUGCCAUUGCAGAUGUCCCUCUAUUUCAACCUUUACUUUUUCCCAUUUUGGUGGGUAAGCAGUGUGGUCAUGCUCCAGCUGAAGUACCCAGUCUUGCCAGAUUACUACAAGUUCAUCCUGGUCACAGUCAUCGUCAUAGUCUCUCUCAUUGAGGCCAUCCGACUGUAUCUUGGAUAUAUGGGCAAUCUGCAGGAGAAGGUUCCUGAAUUGGCUGGCUUUUGGCUCCUGAGUCUCCUCCUGCAGUUGCCCAUAAUCUUCUUCUUGCUCUUUAAUGAAGGUCUGACGAUCCAGCCACUGGAGCGAGCAGUUCACAUCAUUUUUGCCCUCUUCCUCGCCUUUCAGGUCAUUAUGGCUUUUCUUGCCUUGAAAAGAAUGGUGAACCAGCUAGCAGUCCGUUUCAGCCUUAAUGAAUUUGACCAGCUGGACUAUCAGCCCUCAUCAGAUUAUCCGGCCUGGGAGAAGAGGAGGGUGCAGGCGCCAUGGAGAGAAGGACACUUUGAGGAAGCGCUUCCAUCAAAUACUGAUUGGGAAUCUGCACUCAGGGCUUGACAGGUUAUAUCUACGAUAGAAUCUCAGGAUGGGCAUCUCUUGCUGCUAUAGUCUUACUGUUUCCAUUUCUGUGGCUCCUUCUCAACCUUAUUUGUCAGAAAUGUAGUUCUGCCACAGCCACCAUUAAAGAGGAGAGAUUGAAACUUGACCAUCACAUCGGCACCAUUGGUUCUGCCAGUUACACAGUUGACUUCAUUUGUACAUAGUUAUUCACUGGACAAAAUGUCUGCAGCAUGGGUUUGGUAGGUUUUGUACUUUAGCAAACCUUAAUUUUUUGUAAAUGGUGUACAAAAGAUGUUAUGAUUUUGAACAAGGAUAUUUACAAUAAAUUAGUAUUCAUUUUAAUCACUCUUCAUGCUCAAU